AUGGCACAUCAGUGGACAUGGACCCUGGCCCUUCUUGUGGUCUGGGUCAGCACUUGCAUAGAAGUCCUGUGUUGUCUGUGCUCAUCCGCAGCUUCAUCUUUGUGGCAUAUGAAUGACUUUAUCAAGGCAGUGGAGCAGCUGGAGGACGGGAACCCUCAGUUAGCACCAUUAGCUGUGCUGAGGAGCCUGCGUGGGGCAGCUGGCCUAAAUGAUGCCUUCAUUCAGCACUUCCUUGGUAAUGCCAGCUCAGGGGGGCUUGAAAUGGAUGCCAGUCUCUCAGAUUACAUGGGCAAGGCUGUGCGUCACAGGGUCACUGAAGAUGGCAGGGAACAAGGGGUGGCUCUAACCUCCGAUGGGACCACUGUUGCUCUGAAACCACUCCUCCUGGGCAUUGAAGCUGGUUUCCUUUCCAAGACAAAGGGGCAUGUUGUGGGUCUGUACCAGCUCACUCUGGCCAAAGACCUAGGCCUUUCUUUCAAGCACGUCCACAGGUCUCCCCUCUCCCCGCGCCUGGGUCCUGAUGGCUGCUGGGACAAUGUAACCUCUCCAAAGGUGUUCACCCUCUCCGGCAGUCCCUCCCUGAUCACGACCGCCCAGGUGAACGGAGGCAUGGAUGGUGUGAUCCUGGGGAUGGAGAUCUUUGUCCAAUCUGGACAUCCUCUCAAGCUCAGCAGUCUGCUGAAGGCGUACUACUGCCACCGCCUGGAGAAUGAGGGACUGGACGUUGUUCAACACCCUAUCAGCCCACAGCGUAGGGAGAAGUUCAGAGAGCUGAUCGUGCCUCCUCUGCUGGCCAGACAGGUGGUGAGAUCCAUCAACCUGCGCCGGAGACUGAAGGGACAUCCCAAGAUGCAAGUGAAGGAGAAGAAGCAGCUUAUGGCUGUGGUGAACAAGGGAAUGAAGGAGUUUGUCUUCCAGUACAUGAAUUGUCCGGCCAUUAUACCCCGGUGUGCGUGGGACGCAGAGCCGUACAGAGGAACUCCGACCCUCCUGUCCCUCCCUCUCUCUUUCAUGUACAUCCACCACACAUCCACACCGAGCCAGCCCUGCCUGACCUUUGAGCAGUGUGCUGCAGACAUGAGAUCCAUGCAGCGCUUCCACCAGGAAGACCGAGGCUGGGAUGACAUCGGAUACAGCUUUGUCGCCGGCUCUGAUGGGUAUAUCUACGAGGGCCGAGGCUGGCACUGGCAGGGAGCUCACACCUACGGACACAACUCCAGAGGAUACGGGGUUGCCUUUAUUGGGGACUACUCCUCCAGGUUGCCUUCCCAGCAUUCCAUGGGGCUGGUGAGAGACCAACUGGCAUCCUGCGCUGUUGGCGGUGGGCGACUGGUGGGCAACUUCACGCUGCAAGGGCACAGACAGGUGGUCAACACCCUCUGCCCUGGGGAUGCUUUCUACAAGGAGAUCCAAGGCUGGGAGCACUUUGGGGAAGUCAAAGAAUGAAAACAAUGUGCUGGACAAGAGGAGGAGCCUUGG